AUGCAUUCAGCAGUGACCAUUGAUCAGGUGACGCUGACAGUGCUUCCUGCUAAUAAUGUGGAGAGUGGCACUGACGUGAUCUUACGAUGUGAGGCCAGUGUCAGUCAGAGCCUCCCCCAGCCGCUGACAUACUCCUUCAGACUCCUGCAGGACGAUCAGGUGAUGUACUCCAAAAAUAUCAGUGCCUCAGUGAUGGAGCGCAGUUUAUCUUCUGCCAGGGUGUCCAACUCUGGCCGCUACCAGUGCAGUGUCCACAUCUACGACAAGCACAAGACAAGCAACAUCCUGUUAUUAAGCGUCACAGGUCUUCAGAACCCUAUGCUGAAGGUGAAGUCUGACAUCAUGUCUGAGGGGGAAGACAUUAUUGCCACGUGCAGUGCACCAGAGGAGACGGGCAGUCUGAUCUUCUACUUCUACGAGAAUAAUCUGGAUGUCAAGAGAGUCAUUAGUAGCAGCAACUCUGUGACGACCAUUCUGACCACGCAGAAGCUCACAGAAAUCUACCUGCAAUGUGCCUAUAUGGUUAUAAUGCACCCUAAUGCUGGCCUCUCCAACCAAAGCAACAUGGUGAAAGUUAUUAUACGAGAUCUUGAUGCGAUCACCCCACAGAUAAGUUUCUCACCCAAAGGGAAUGUUGUUGAGGGUGACAGAGUGCAGAUCACAUGUAAGGUGCAAUAUCCCCCAGAUAUUGAGUUGUACCUCACUAAAGGCAACAUCGUUCUUCAUGAAUCUCAUACAACCUUCACAAAGAGCCUCGUAGUAAGAGCUGAGGAUUCAGGGGACUAUGUGUGUAAAGCAGAGAAAGGCAGCGUGCAAAAGAAGGCAGUCUAUCCGCUACAUGUUGCAGAACUGUUCUCGAAGCCAAUUUUGAGAAUGAGCCCAGACCAGCUUUUUGAAGGAGAACGCUUCACUCUGACCUGCAGCAGUACUGUAAUCUCCUCAGUGAAGAUCGGAAAAGCAGACAUAAAGUAUGUUCUGCUGAAAGAUGGUCGACGCAUUUCAGCAGUUGCAAAAUACGAAGACACUGCAAGCCCCGCCACCAAUGGGCAAUACUACUGUAUGGCAAUGGCUAAAGAAGUUAACAAGACCAGCUCACCACAUGAUGUAAAAGCUAAAGUGCCUGUUUCUGCCCCAGUCCUUCGUGCUGUUAAUACGGUGAUUGUCGGUAAGCCGUUCAGGAUUUCAUGUGAGGCUGAAAAUGGAACGCUUCCAAUAACCUACACCUUACUGAAGACCCGCGUUCCAGUGGCUAACAGGACAGUGGUUGAGGCAGCCAACAGGGCGAUCUUUAACAUAACCUCCAUCAGUUUUCCAGAAGAGAUCUAUACCUUCGCAUGUCAGGCUUUUAACCGUGGGUCAUCGUUCAGUAGGACCAGUGAGCCCCUUAGAGCACCUGUCAUAGUACCCGUUUCCAGGCCAGUCCUGGAGCCAAAGGAGGUUACAGUCACAGAGGGGUCAGAUCUUACCCUCAUCUGCCGUGUACAACAGGGAACUUACCCCAUCACCUUCACCUGGUAUUAUAACAGAGUUAUGCUCCUUUCCUCCAUCCAAGAGGUCAGAUCCUUAGAAGGAAAACAUGUCGUCAAAGCCAUCGAACGAGACCAGAGAGGCGACUACUACUGUGAGGCGUCCAAUUACGCCUCUGAAACCAAAAAGAGUUAUCCAGCCAGAAUUGGUGUCAGUUUAGCACUGUGGAAGAAAGCUCUUAUUGGAGUGUUCUGUAUCUUGCUUUUGGUGGCUAUCGUCUUAGUCCUGACAGUCUUUUUUAAGAAAAUGUCCCAUCCACGCAGAAAAAAGCAAGCAACUGAGUUAUCAGUAAAACCUUCAAGGCCCAAAUCAGGUGACCCAAUGAGAAUAAGCCUUACUCUCGACAUUGAAGACAACACCGCUAUCAAUGGAACUCCCUGUGUGAUGGGCAGGAAUGUCUGGAGUGAAAAUGUAUCUGGCUCAGAAUCUGACGAUCAUGCUGAUGAAGACUCUGAGCUGGUUCAGCCACAGGAAGUGGAUCCCAGCAGAGAAGUUCCUGUGACGAAAAGCAUAGAGCCCGAAUACAGUGUCCAACACACAGAGGUCCAGGUGUCCACACCAGGAGUUUCGGAACAGGCUGAGGGCGCAGCUCUGGAAUAUGCACAACUCAACAACAGUGAACAAGAACCUGCAUAGAGUCUCAACACUUACACUUAAUUUAUUCAGUUUCUCCACCACCAGAAGCUGAUUUUUAUUCAUGAUGUACUGACAUUGAAUAUUUUGCUUUGUUGUUAUUAUUGACAUUACUUUGUGGCUUAGGUUGUUUUUUAAGUGAGUAACAUUUUGUUGUGAUGUUUAUAAAUGAGAGAUUAAAUUCUGAGCAGUCAAAUCAAGCCUUUGGCUGCU